AUGUCUGAAUAGUAAUCAGGUUAAGUAAUCAAUUAUUUGUGAUUCUGUAGGAUUAAUUGGAUGUAACAGCAAUGAUGGAUGAGUUGUAUGACAAAUUAAUUUUAUUGAAUUAUGAACAAAGUUAUUUAAAAUAGAAGUAAGUCAAAUUCUAUAUCUAUUAUUAGAGGUGGUAAACCUUUGAAUAGAGCAUAUUUUGUAAAUCAAACUAAUUCUAGUGAAUAAUUCAAUUAAUUCAAAACGUAACUUUUGAAUUGUAUUUGAAUAGAUUAGUCAAAUGGCUAUUUCAAUAAAGCGAUGUACAGACCAGUGAUUUUAACAAACUUGAUGAUCCUGUGACUUUAUCUCAGAAUAUAAGUAAUUUCUUUAUACUUAUGUAAUAGUAAAUGAAUUGAAAAAUAUUGGGAUCGAAGUUGACUUUCCUCCCCUUAAAUUGAAAUAAGGAUUUGGAGAAUAUGUUGUUUACGUGUUGCUGUAAUUAGCAACCAAAGCAUUACAAAAAAAGAAAUUCCAAUACAAGAAAGCCAAAAUUGAAUAAUAAUCUUAAACGUAACCUACCAUCCUAAUCCAUUAGAAGACAAGAUGAUGAACCAGUCUAAGAAACAGGAAGUGUGUCAUCAGAUUCAGAUCCAGAGGUAGCAUCAGAAGAAGAGCCUGAAGAUGUAUUUACUGAAUAGGGGUUCCAAAAAGAGUAAUAUAUUAUUCAAAUCUGAAAGCGAAGAUAAAAUGGUUAUAGAAUCCAAUGUAAAUCCAAAGGAAUGGGCUAAGGAAGUUGAAAGAGCAGCUUAGAAGAUUAAGAUAGUUAUCAAACCAGAUGCUGGAGAAUGGAGAUAACAUUUUGAUGCCACCAAAUAAUACUCAAAUUAAAUUAAAACUAUUCUCCCAGAAGCAAGAAUCAAAUUAGAGAGAAUGAGUGACGAAUUGGGAGAAAUCUUAGAUAGAAUCACAAAAAGAGAAUAUAAUAUCAAUGAGAAUAUGAGUGAAAUGGUAAGCAAUCUACUUAAUUCUAGUGUGCUGAAUUCAAAAAGAAAAAUGAAGAAUAUAAAAAAAUUGAACUCUAAUAUCAAAAUUACACAAAUGCCAAAAAAGAAAUGACUGAUUAAUAUAAACAAAUAUAAGAGAAAUUUGAAACUGUUCAAAACAAAUUGAAUGAACAUGGUAGUGUCUCCACCAAUUAAUCUCCAGUCAUCAGUAUCAAAGCUGGUCUCACUAAAUUGAGAGUAUUUCUAUCAUACUUACUAUUUAAUAGUUGGAAAUCAAAUAGAUGGAUCUAAGGAUUGGAGUUCUAUCUCACACAAUCCUUCAAAGAACAUUUCAUGAUGCCAAAGCUAUUUAAGAAAGAGACUAUCAUGAACAUGGACUCAUUUUAAAUGAGUCAGAUGAAUUAACAGAUUGAAAUAUAUAUAUUAAUACACCAG